AUGAAUAACACAAUAGGUUACGCAUCAUAUCAAAAGCAAUCUCAACAAACAAAUGAAACAAUUUCUAUUAUCCUUUUUUUUUCUAUUUUGAUUAUUUUAGCAGUUUCUUUUAUUAUCUAUUUUUGGUAUACGGAAAGACACAAGAUUCCAGUAAAUCAAAGAGGAGAUCAAGCAGUGGGGCAACAGCAAGAAAUUUAUUUACUAGUUGACAACAUCAGUCAACAACUCAAGACCACCUUUAGGAUCCCUAUUUGUACAUUAGCUAUUGUUCUUUGGAAUCAUAUCAGUCAGUCAGAUAAUAACAACGUCACUCAACACCAAAGAGUUUAUAAUUUUCGAUUUUAUCACCUAGGUUCGCUAAGCUGUGUUAUCAGCUUUAUCGUAUCGUUAGUUAUCUUGAUUGGUUCCUCAACUAGUCAUGUUCUUCAAUCUUCUCUCUUUGUAUUUGUUUUAUCCAUCAAUCUCUAUUUGAUGACUCGACAACGUUGUUAUUAUACUGAACGACGCAAGUUAUAUGGCAACGAUGAUGCUCAUAUUACAGCUGUUUACGAUACUCGAUUUGAUGAUUGGGAUACCUCUAUGUUAUCCAAUUGGAUUCAACUUACAAUUUUAAUUAUCGAAUUUUUACAAUUAAUGACUUUCCCUUUACGAGAUUUAGUAGCAGUAACUCAUGGUAGUCAACAACAAACAUCUGAAUUAGUCUCCUUUGUGAUGAAUGCAGGCGGGCUUAUGCCUGAUAUGAGGACACCUACUUGGUAUACCUAUUCACUAUGGACAACUUUUGUAGGAACCUGCGUAAGCUUAUUGGUUGGUCUAUUGAUCCAUAUUAUUCAUUGGAAGUACCCAUAUCGAAUAUCGACAAGAUGGGUGAGAUGGUUUAUUCCUGUUACAACUUUAUUAUAUAUUCCUAUAUUAACGACGUUUGUAAGUUCAGCAGCAUGCCAAUCACUCAAUAUGCCAUUUAAUGAUAAUAAUCAAACAUUACGAUGCCAUUCACAAACCAUUUCACAACCUCUUUAUUUCUAUAUUUCACUAUUAGGUUACUUGUUAGCUUAUUUUAUGAUGACUAUCUUUUUAACAAGCUAUGAACGUAUACCAAAUCAAAACGAAAUAGCAUAUAAAUCCAUAAGUGUAGCAUUUAUUAAAAAUAUGGGUAAAAUAUAA